AUGGCAGAUUCAACAGCCCUCGCCAGCAGCCAUGACCAUGGCGUGGACCACAGCAGAACCAGUCCGGCCAGCGCAGCCUCAACCACAGACUCACUGGAUCCCGCAUUGCUAGACGAAGAGGAAAACCCGCUAGAGGAAGGCAUCGCAGACAACGUGGUAACCAAAUUCACCUCCGACAGACCAGGAUACAAUGCCCUCAAGACCCAUCGAGGACAAGUAUACUCCGGCAUGGCCGUCGGCGCCUCGCACACCUGGAACUACGAGGCGGGAGUGUGGAAGGAGACCAAAGAAGAACCGGACCGGUGGCGAAUCGACUACCAAUCCAGCAAACGGCGAGCACGCAAUGCUCCGCGCGGCAGUGGUGCUCCCGUGGGGACGGAGUAUCACUGGUAUAUCGUGGGGCACCAGCAUGUGCGGAAGAUUGAUGCCAAUACCUACGAGACACAUUUGACCGGCACCAAGUAUAAGCUGGCGCAUAAGUCGACCACUUCAAACUCUUGGUCCAUUCCCACCGUGCGAGGACAGCGCGAUCGAGAGAUGGAGUUGCUCGAGGAUGCGCGGCGCCGAGUUCAGGGUCGCCCGCCUGUUCUCGCCAGCGAAAAGGUUAGGGAGGAGCGACGGGAGAAAGGACAGCAGAGUCUCGAUGCGCUGUUCAAGCAGGGAGGGACGGACUCUAAGCGAAAGCGUGGGAAGUAA